ACACUGGCGACCUUGAGGUGCCCUUGAAGGGGCCCAAGAAGUUAGACGGAUUAUCUGUUUGACAAACUGUGGUAUAUUUCUGGAUCCUGGAUUAGAUACUCAAAUUUCUAUUUGUCUUGUUUUGAAUAUGAAUGUUGUUGUGGUCUUUUAAAAAAAAAAAUGUAUAAUGAAAGUGCUGCUGUGCAGAUAUUUAACAAAAGCUGGUGUGAAUGCUACAGGAGAGUGAGAGUUUGUCCACGGUGUUCUGUUUGUUUGAUGGUUUAAAGAUGAUUUUGAUUGUAUAUUUUGGAUUACUAUUGUAUAUUUUGGAUUACUUGCUCGGUCAAAUUAGGUUAUUUUAUUGGUUGAGGAAAGCCAAUUAAAGACUUUGUCUUCACUGAUGAAGCCGUGAUGCUGCCACUUAGAGAUGACAGUGUGAUAUUGAGCACAGUAUGAGGAGUAAAAAUGACCAUUUGACUUUUUUCAAGACUUCAUUCUGAUUGAGUUACAGUUUGCCACUUUCAGCACAAGCUUCAUUAUUGACUAUUUUUAAGAAAUAUGGGAAUGAAGAGCAACUUCAAUUCUUGGAAAGAGGGAGUGAGGUAGUGGAGAGAGGAGAGUAGAAAAUGGAAUGGGAGGAGGAUCUGAUAAGCAACUGAGGUAUUCCACUGAUGGGAGGGAGUUAGAUCUCUACCAUCCACUCAGGAAGUGUGGGGUGAAAGUCUCUGACAGCACGCCUGAGCAGGAGAAAGCAAAGAUAAAGCGCUCACGCUCUCAUCCCGCUGGCAUCACUUUAGUCUGCUCUUUGUGGAUGCCAGCUGCUGCAGGAGAGACUCUGCGUCUUCCACCUGCCCUGGCAAUGCCGAAGGGAAUUCCAUGACCUGCAGCACCACAGCGAGUACAGCAGCUGAUUCACGAUGAUUCACUAUCUGACAGCAGGUGAGACUGUCUUCAGUGACACAGCAGAGAAUACCACAACCUGAGGGCUACAUCGUUCCGGCAUCCUGUUACUGGGCAGAUUUCCCCUGAAAACACAGAAUACACUCUACAGGACAGGUUAGAAGCCCGUAUGUCCAAGUUAGCGGCCAAUCAGAGAUCCCCUAGCAUGGUCACAGACUCCUCCAAGGUUGUGACCGCAGCAGCAGUGGAUGGCACAUCAGGGUCAAAGGGUUCAAGAGGUCCAGGGAAAGUUCACAGUUUUGGCAAGAGGGAUCAUUCUAUUAAAAGAAACCUCAACAUCCCUGUGGUGGUGCGGGGCUGGCUCUACAAACAGGACAGCUCUGGAAUGCGACUGUGGAAAAGGAAGUGGUUUGUUUUGUCAGACUACUGCUUGUUUUACUACAAAGACAGCCGAGAGGAGACGGUGCUUGGAAGUAUCCCUCUUCCCAGUUACGUCAUUGCACCAGUUGAGCCUGAUGACCACAUAAACCGCAAAUACGCCUUCAAGGCGAGCCAUACGGGAAUGCGCUCCUACAUUUACAAUAAGAACUCUGUGAUUGGCUCACAGGCAGAACACUGUGGGAUGCGGACAUAUUUCUUCAGUGCGGACACACAGGAGGACAUGAAUGGCUGGAUCCGGGCCAUGAACCAGGCUGCGCUGAUGCAGCAGAGUCACACUAUAAAGAGAGAGGUAGAGAAGCAAAAAAGUGCAGUGCAGCAUGCCGUCCCACAGACAAACCACGUCCACAUCAGCCAGCACUCAUCUCAUCCUGAAAGCCACCGCAGGACAGACAAAGAGGAACCUCGCGAUAAUGGUGUCCAUCCAUCUCAUGGGGACGAGGUGAGGUACGGAAUUGAGAUCCAGGGCAGGCCCAGCCAUUUGGCCUCCGAGGAAAGAGCAGAGAGACUCUCUCCGGACUCCCUUGAUGGUGUCCUCCACAAGAGCGGACAGCAAACUGUGAUCCAGGUGGCCCUGCCGCCUCAACAGAAUGGAAAUCUUGUCUAUCAGAAGGGGUUUGUUUUGCAAGAAGACUCGGAAAAACAUGUGCAGAGGAAGAAUACGCUGGCUCAGGUGGAGCAGUGGGUUAAAGUCCAGAAAGGAGACCCACCGAAGAGUGCUCCCUCUGCUGAGUUCAACCUCCCUCGGCGGACUCCUCCUUUAAAGCCCAAAGCCAGCACAGCAGAUGCAACCUAUCAUUCAUUGCCAAAGUCUCCCCGUCUCCCAUCCGGCAGCAGCUCUCCUCCAGCAACAUUCAACCUGCCCAGUGACUACAAGUACGCCCAUGAUCGGCUCAGCCACUUCCGCAUGUCCACUGAUGAGCGUAUGGCCACCAAGGAGGGGAUGGUGUGGCAGCUGUACGAGUGGCAGCAGCGGCAGCAGUUCCGUCACGGUAGCCCCACCGCUCCUAUUUACACCGGCCCCAAUUUCACAGACUCUUCAUCUUUUAGAGUAACUGUGGAGAUGCCACGUUCCAUCUCCGUCCCUCCGUCCCCGUGUGAGGUCCCACCGUCACUACCCUCCUUCAAACCCCUGUCCCCCCGCAGGCCACACACUCCCUCAGACAGACGUACAGUCCGGCCGCUGGAUGAAGUGUUACCUGGGGACAGCACAAGAUCCAGCUCCCCUGGCCAUUUUUGUGCCCAACUAUCUCAGACUUCCCAAAUUGAGAGAAGGUCUAUGCCAGCCAUGGGCUACAUCACACACACUGUCAGCGCACCCAGCUUGCAUGGAAAAACGCCGGAGGAGCUGACUCUGCUCCUCAUUCAGCUUCGGAGGCACCAGGCCAAGAUGGCUGGUGUGCAUAGCCCCAGUGAUGCAUUCGCUCACCUGCAGCGACACCAGCACAACGGCAUUCUGGGCCCCGUCAUGCAGGCUGAUGAUACAUACAUACAACUGAAGAAGGACCUGGAGUAUCUAGAUCUGAAGAUCCAAAGUAUUGACCCGAUGAUCGUUUCAGUACACAAUGUGUUUGAAAACUCCUCUCCGAGUUUUGGGUACUCUUGGAAUGUUACGGGACGUGAGAGUUUCAAAACAGAAAGACCAUCGAGGCCUGUGAAAAUAGCAGAAAGUGAUGCAGAUGUGAAAUUAAGUCGACUUUGUGAACAAGACAAGAUUCUACAGGAGCUGGAGGCCAGAAUACGCACUUUAAAAGAAGACAAGGACAAGCUGGAGUCUGUGCUGGAUAUUUCCCACCAGCAGAUGGAGCAAUACAGAGAUCAGCCGGCACAUGCCGAGAAGAUUGCCUAUCAGCAGAAAUUAUUGCAGGAGGAUGUGGUGCACAUCAGGGCUGAAAUAUCACAAGUUUCUACAGAGAUGGAAAACGCAUGGAACGAUUACAGCCGGCUGGAGAGAGAUGUGGACUGGUUGAAGUCAGCACUGCAGGGACGGAUGACCCGCAGUGAUCUCUGUCAGCAAGAGAAAAUCCAGAUCAGAAAAGAGCUGUGGAGGAUUGAGGAUGUGAUCGCAGGUCUCAGUACCAGUAAAGCCAACUACAAAGUCACUGUCUCCUCUGUUACCAACCCAGAGAGGAAAUUUGUGCCUUCAGUGUCGGCAUCAUCAGUGCCUUCUGUGUCUGGGAGCCCGUCUGCUAUGGAGAUGAGAUUGUCGCAGCACAGCCCCCACCUCAGCCCCAGCAUCCACACCCCCACCGUGUUCUCCAGCCCCAGCAAGCAGCCCUUACAACACUCUGCAACUAUCACAAGUGGGCUUAACUGGGGUGAGGAUGAUGUGCCUCCCAGACCUCCUCUACCUCAGCUCUACAGUCCAGAUGAGAAUCCCCCCGCUGUGCCCCCCCUGCCCCGAGAGACAACGGUCAUCAGACACACCUCUGUACGCGGCCUCAAACGACAGUCGGAUGAACGCAAAAGGGACAGAGAGGUUGGCCAGUACACUAAUGGAGACAGUAAGGUGGAACUUAGACCUUUCCUGAGCGAUCCAGAGCUUAUGGGUGCUGGAGACGGCUCCAGCCACAUCAGUGUAGUAACAUCAUCUGGACCUGAGGGUUACCAGACAUUACCCAGCAGAGGAGUGGCUGGUUCCUCACUAAGACUAAAUCAGUCUUCGAGCAUCUCUUCAUACGUGACCCUCCGAAGAUCGGCCUCAGCUGCAGGCGUAAAGGAGAGACCAAAAAGUGCCUUGGAGCGUCUGUACUCUGAGGACCCAGCGCAGCAGCAGCAGAGGGGGAAGAUGAGCGCUGAUGAGCAACUGGAGAGGAUGAAGAGGCACCAGAAGGCUCUUGUCCGCCAGCGCAAACGCACCCUGAGUCACGGAGACCGGCACGCCUCUCCUUCGCCACGCCCCUCCUCCUCAUCCUCGCGCCCGCUUUCAGCAGACAUUGGAUCAUGGAAGAGAGAGCAGGAGUUUGACCUGCAGUUGCUGGAGAGGGCUGUUCAGGGAGAGGAGGCACAGGCAGUAAGGAGCAUUCAAGGGGAGGAAAGACCCCCCGAGCACAAAGAGAGACCGCGCUCGCACUCUGACGAAUGGCUGACUUUCCGCUCAACAGUUACAAGCCCUCCGGUGCAUGAGCCCGACCUGGAACCACUAGACUAUGACCUGGACCUGAAGAAAGAGCUUUCCAAGCCUCAGAAAGUGUUGAUACCUGAGCGCUAUGUGGAUUCAGAGCCUGAGGAGCCUCUCAGUCCACAGGAGGUGGAGGAACGCCAUCGCAAGGUGGAGCGCAUAAAGAACAUUUUGGCAAAGUCCAGUGUGCAGAACCUUGCAGCUACAGUGCCUGUGGACAAGCCAGAUGUGGGGCUGGUGGCCCUUGACUCAGCUCUGCAGGAGCAGGAAAGGAUCAUCACCAUGUCCUACGCUCUCGCCUCAGAGGCUUCGCUCAAGAGCAAGCUGGUCACAGUUCCUCCACAGGCUAACCUCCCCAUCCCUCCUCCCCCACCCCCUCCUCCACCUCCACCUCCUCCUCCUCCUCCUCCUCUUCCUCCUGUAUCUGCUGUGUCUGUGGCGCCUCCCUCUCCUCUAAGCAACGGAAUUCACUACACGUUUGUCUAAUACAAGAGAUAAACUCAAGCAAUUUCUGGACACUGAGGUGCUAUCCUACAAUGACAAAAGAAACCUGACAACAACUGGAUUCUACAAGAAACAGGAUUUUGCUUUUACUUCCACUCAGCAGUACACAAACUGAACUAAACUUCUAAGCUGCUCUCUGACGCUCGAGCAGCAUUGACAGCAUCGCGUGUUUCUAGUUUCUUAAAGCAACAGGACAUUAAGACGGGAGCUGCUGUGCUUAUUAACUAUGGCAUUGUCUAACAAAUGUAAAUCUCAUAGUAAUAAAAAUAUAUUUUCUACAUGUCAUUGCACUUUGAUUGUACACUGUUUUCAAGGUAUGAAUGAAAGGCUUUUCCUUGCAGUAUGUUCAUCUGGGAGCUAGUUUGUGUUUGUCUCUUUGUUUUGUCAGGUACAGACGUAGGUACUAAAGCAUCAUGAUGUUAGUAUUUUUGUCAAAAACUCAGAUAAUAUUCUUACACCAAACCACUUGAACUCUCAUCUGUAUGUACCUGUAGCACUGCCAGUCUCCUUUUAGCUUGCCCAGAAGAGUUUUAUUUUUGCUUACAUCAGGAUGAAAAUAACCUUUAACAUAUUUUCUGUGACUGGCGAAUGUUGCACAAAUUUAUAAAAAUGUAAAUAUUAAAGAUAUUAAAACUAAAUCUGCUUUUA